AAAGCGAAUGCAAAAAAACAGAACCAAAGUGCUAGUGAGUGGUUCUUAGUAGUAAUAAAAAAGAGACAAGAUUUGUGAUAAUUAAUCACAGUUAAUUGAAAGAUGGCAGGUGGCUUUGUUGCUUCCGGUCCAGCGCGUCAAUAUGAGGGAAAAAUCACAGCAUUUGUGUUGAUCACAUGUUUUGUGGCGGCCAUGGGAGGCCUUCUAUUUGGCUAUGAUCUUGGUAUCACCGGAGGAGUGACUUCCAUGGACCCAUUUUUGGUCAAGUUUUUUCCCUCCGUGUAUAGAAGAAUGAAAGAUGACUCACCCAAUAAGAGCCAGUAUUGCAAAUUUGAUGACCAACUUCUCACAUUGUUCACCUCUUCCUUGUACCUUGCAGCAUUAGUGGCGUCUUUCUUUGCCGCCACAACUUCAAGAAAGUUGGGACGUAAGCCCGCUAUGUUUAUAGGUGGUUUGUUUUUCCUUAUUGGUGCAUUGCUAAACGGACUUGCUCUCAACAUUGAAAUGCUUAUCAUUGGUCGCAUAUUGCUAGGCUUUGGUGUGGGGUACUGUAAUCAGUCAGUACCAGUGUAUUUGUCUGAAAUGGCACCAGCAAAAAUUAGAGGAGCUCUCAAUAUGGGCUUCCAAAUGAUGAUUACAAUUGGUAUCCUGAUUGCAAAUCUUAUCAACUAUGGUACUUCCAAGCAUAAAAAUGGAUGGAGAAUAUCUUUAGGUGUUGGAGCUGUGCCUGCAAUUUUGUUAUGCAUAGGAUCUCUGUGCUUGGAUGAAACACCCAAUUCCUUGAUUGAAAGAGGACAGCAUGUGAAGGCUAAGGAAAUGUUGGAAAGGAUCCGCGGCACCAGCAACAUUGAAGAGGAAUAUCAAGAUCUUGUUGACGCUAGCGAGGCGGCGAAGAUGGUGGAACAUCCAUGGAGGAACAUUGCAGCAGCAAAAUACAGGCCUCAACUCACAUUUUGCAGUCUCAUUCCAUUCUUCCAGCAACUCACCGGGAUCAAUGUGAUCAUGUUCUACGCUCCUGUCCUUUUCAAGAUCUUAGGCUUCGGUAAUGAUGCUUCCCUCAUGUCCGCAGUCAUCAGCGGAGGUGUCAAUGUUCUCGCCACACUUGUUUCUAUCUUCACAGUGGACAAGUUUGGAAGAAGGAUCUUGUUUCUUGAAGGGGGAUCACAAAUGCUUAUUUGUCAGGUUAUUAUUGGAAUCAUGAUUGCUUCCAAGUUUGGAUUGAAUGGUCAGGGAUCAUUUAGCCCAGCAGAAGCAGACAUCCUCUUGUUAUUUAUUUGCUUAUAUGUUGCUGGAUUUGCUUGGUCAUGGGGACCCUUGGGUUGGUUGAUUCCUAGUGAAAUAUGUGCUCUAGAGAUUCGACCUGCAGGUCAAGCUGUCAAUGUUGCAGUGAACAUGACCUUCACAUUUAUCAUUGCUCAAGUGUUCCUCACCAUGCUUUGCCACAUGAAGUUUGGUCUAUUCUUCUUCUUUGCUGGCUUUGUGGUCAUCAUGACCAUUUUCAUUUACUUCCUCUUACCUGAGACCAAGAAUGUUCCAAUUGAAGAAAUGAACAGAGUGUGGAAGUCACAUUGGUUUUGGGCCAAGUUUAUGCCUGAUGACAUUGAAAUUGGUGGUACCAGUAGGCAAAAGUCUGUUGCUUGAAGUUGAUUAGGAAUAUAGACUAUGAUAGAGGGAACAAUAGCAAUAAGGAGAAAGAGAGGGAUUGGUUCUGCAAAUAAAGUGCAGCCUUUUUCAUAUGUUUGUAAAGAAAUUUGCAUGCAAUUGCAAUAAUCGACCAUUUUUGUUUUUAUUCUUAUUAUCUAGAGAUUUUUUUCUAGCUAGCCUCUUGAUUUUUGUGUAACAUGAUAAGAUAAUG